AGAAAUCGAUAGAGAGUGAGAACAAGAAUGAUUGAAAAGAAGAGAACCACCGAACAGAGAAGAAGAAAGAAAGACGGUCCGAUGGUGGGUGUACCGAACACUAGCUCGAUGGCGUGUAGCCUGAUCUAUUCACCAAUAUCUCCAUAAAACGUGCACAACUAAAUAUGACGAAGAAUAUCAUUCUCUUGGUAUAUUUGCGGUCUCUGGUGUCAUUGCUGACUAUAUUUGAGUAAUAUAUACAUACCGUCUAAACUCAAAUACUACAAGCAGUUUGGGUCUACGUAGUAUAUAUGUGACUGACGAUGUGGAUAUACCGGAGUUUAUGAAGUUCCAUGGCGCUACGCCCAUCACCUUAGUGCUUCCGGAUGGCGAGGCAACUCAAUUUUGAAUUCUACAGAUCGUAAAGGAUAAUUAUCAUGGCUGAUAACGUAAAAACGGAUCAGUGGCGUUGGAAGAAUAGCAGCGAACAUGAUCGUUCUCGGCGUGACGAAGUCCAUCAUCAUGGCGAAAACCAAGACAACUCCGUCGUUCUUCGCAAGAAGAAUCGUGAUCAACGACGUCGACAAGAGAAGAUGAAGAAAAGAUGGAGCGUUCGACCGGAUGUCAACCUCACCUUGGUCCCUCAAGGAAUGCAAUGUAAGAUCAUCACCGCUAUCGUCUUCAUAUUCUUUGGUUUAUUCUUGACAGCAGCAGGGGUCGUGAUCUUGAUCAUCUUGAAGAAUAUCUCCCACGUUGUCUGGAGUGUAGGCAUUGGAAUGCUUGUCUUAGGGUUUAUAAUAUUUGUUGUUGGACUGUUUUAUAUGUUGUUCAAGUGUUGCUUCAGGACUUCAACCAGGUACAAGCAAUACAAGGCGCAGUUCAAAUCCGAUGGAAAGUACCAGAUGAGUGACGUGUCCGAACAAUCACCUGAGAUUAAAAGAUCUCCUGUUAAGUCCAGCAUGCACUAUACGCAUCAAGGAACUUCUUCCAACCAUCAAAGUCAUAUGGGUGAUCAACCAUCGGAUGCAACAACCAGGACUUAUGUAACUGCUACUGAAAACACUCCCUCCAUGCCGAAUUCAUCGACACGACCUCUAUCAACACCGCAAUGGAUUACACCAGGGGGUUAUCGUCCGAUGAUGGUCAACGAUCUCUCUGAAUUCACAAUGGAUAUGCAGACGGCAGACGAAGACCACUUAGAUGAUAACGGUCAUGGCCAAGGCACCCCACCCCAAGAGUCCCGUCGGGAGGAUACCCUCAGCGGGGACUUUGCCAAACUAGAAGAUGCUUUGCGUGAACUGAUUCUUAAAAAAUCAAGGGGUGGCGAGACGGAGCAUCUAAUGAGAGGGCCCAUAGAUACGUCGACACCUGUUAACCCCAAGGCACAGACACACUAUAGAGUCCAUAGAGUACCAAUCAACAUAGAAGGAGACCCUAGAGGACACAUACCCCUAGAGGUGGGGGACCAGAGGGUACAUAGCGUACCCAUUAUGAUUGAAGGUGAUCCUGGGGUACACGGUUUACCCAUGGAGGUAGGAGACCAUGGGGUACAUCGGGUACCUAUCAACGUUCAAGGAGACUAUGGAGCAAAUAGGUCACAUGCAGGGAUAGGUGACCAGGGGGUACACACUGUACCCAUCAUGGUUGAAGGGGACCACGGGGUGCACAGAUCAGAGGUAGAAGGUUCUGGCCAGGGGGUACAUAGGGUGCCUAUCAUGGUUGAAGGGGAUCCUCGUGCGACCACGCCCACCCCUAUCCCACCUUCUUACGAUCAGGUUUUAAGAAACUACCGUACUUACUCUCGCUCUGCAUCGCCAACUAGGAUAAUGGAAUCGGAUGUUUGAAUGGUUACUCAUACAGAUAGACAAGAACAUGAGAAGAUUGUUUCAGAAAACCCCUCUGAAACCGGAUGGCAGGGAAAGAAGAUGAUGGUAGAUUCAGCGAAAUUAAAUCUGAGCAUGCUCAGUCUUAUGGAAAUGUACUGAGCAUGGAUUUUUACCAGAUAAAACGUCCUGUUUGUUCCUUAUUUUCCUUAUUUUCCUUAUUUUCACGACGUAAGCAUUAUCUGCUAUCUUAAACAAUUUAGGAGCAUACCAACUAUUUCCGAAUAUAUUUAGAUUUUAUAAGCGUUCAAAGUUCUAAUUUGAAAAGGGUACAGUUGAUUUACAUGUAAGGUGGCUAGUGUUUUGAUUUAAGAAGACUGACCACUUCAAAA